AUGUCGACUAGACCUCCCAGGGGACGUGGAAGGCGACCUGCCAGAGUGGCGCUAUCCGAGAUGAACAGAUCUUCGCCAAGCUCAAGAGACAUCACCACCUCACAACCUCCACAAUCAUCUGAUACAUCCAACAGGCCCCGGUUCCGUGACUUCAGAGGACUGAAAGAGGAGAUCUUCUCGGCUCUUCCGUUUGAAACCUGUACCGAAGUUCAAGCUGCGACGCUGCCUACUAUUCUGGACGGUCAUGACCUUCUAGCUCAAGCCAAGACUGGUACUGGAAAGACGCUGGCGUUUCUUAUCCCCGCGAUACAGCAUCUUCUAUCGACACCCACUCUACCAGCCUCGCUAACAUCUAUUCUCAUCCUAUCUCCUACAAGGGAACUUGCUCAGCAAAUCAGCGAGGUCGCUGAGCGUAUGGCAGCAGCUUUAGGUGGAAGAUUCGGUGUGAAAUCGGUGGUAGGCGGAACUAGCAUGGACAAGGAUGUGAAAGAAUUCAGUCGCAAAAGCGCAGAAAUGGUUGUUCUCGAUGAGGCAGAUCGCUUGCUUGACGCUGGAUUUCGUCGCGAGCUUGUCAAGAUAUUUGACCAUCUCCCAAAUCGCGAUACUAUUCCUCGUCAAACCCUCUUGUUUUCGGCGACCUUACCGAAUGAGGUCCACUCGGGUCACAAAUUCAUCACUACGCUCACCGAUCAAGAUGUCAAUGCGCACGCGCACGUCAAGCAAGAGACCCUGGUUGUUGAGGCGAAAGAUAUAAUACCAGCUACCGUCGAAGCCUUGCGCAAUGAAGAGGCCAAAGGGCAGGAAUUCAAGGGACGAACAGCUCGUGCCGGUGCCGAAGGCCAUGGAAUCCUAGUUCUUGGUGAAUUCGAAUCCCAAUUCCUCAAUGACAGAACCCUUCAGACUUUUACCCUGCAUUCGUACCCUCCCAUUGCGUCGGAAGAUAUGUCUCGAUCACGUGAUCUUGUCAACAAAGCGUUAGCUACCGUCUCGGACGAGGCCAAAACCCAAGCGUACCAAGCAUGGCUCGGGUAUUACAACUCUAAUAUGAAGACACUGAAAUGGUCACAGACGGACCUCGUCAGAAAUGCAAAUGAUUAUGCCAAAGUUGCCCUUCGUUUCGGUCCAGAACCACCGGGUCUGCUCGCCAAGACAGUUGGGAAGAUGGGUUUGAAGGGGGUGCCUGGCUUGAACAUCGUCAGAGAAGUCCAAAGCAACGGUAAUCCUCAUCCAGGCAAAAGACCAAGAGAUGCGAACGGCACCGAUGUCAGAGGCGACGGUGGGUCGAGAGGUGGCCGAGGAGGCGGACGUGGAAGUGGACGUGGAGGUGGACGUGGGGCUGGUAGGGGCGGCAGCAAGCGGGGUGGAAGAGGAGCGUUUGGCGUACAGCCAAGCGGGUAA